AUGAUCUAUUUUCUAUUAAUCUCAUCAUUUAAUAGUAGUAAGCUAAAUGCUUUGUAAAAUAAAAAAAAAAAAAAUAAUAAUUAAAUUUUUAUCUUAACUUAACUUAAAUUUACAGGCGUCCGCCGUAGUGUUGACGCAGUCACCAAGGACCCAGUAUUAGGGUUCACCUGCUUUGCGGUAUAGUCCAAACUGGCCAUAUAAACCAGUCACCAGGACAUACACCUACUCCUUCCCACGCGCGUGAGCCGUGGCUUAGUGUUUGAGUGGGCGGGCUAUGGGCUUCUGCGGCUGCUGCUUGAGUUGACGAGAGUUGGCUUUCCGAAAUUCCAAAAAAUGGAAUUUCUGGUCGCCUUUCGGCAAAAAGGGAAACUCCAAGUCCUGGGACGUAACGCCCAGUUUCACGCUAGGUAAUUGCUCGAAUGGUCUAGGCAUUGCCUGUAGACUCUGCUGGGCUUACCCUUUCCAAACCUGGGAACCCUUUUCUCUCGGGGAGAAAAAACCAUUCUGGUCGUUGAGCUUGGGCCAGGCUCUGCACUGCAGAAUUGCUUACCAUGGCAUUGCUGCUCAUUUCCAGAAUGGCAAAACCUUGCCGGAUAUAAUUAAAAUAUGAGUCGAGUAUGUGUGGCCGGAGGCCACACCCAGACGAAGACGCCAUAUUUUAAUUAUAAUUAAAUUUUUAUCAAAAUUAUAAUAUUUAUAUUUCCAUCAUAAAAUUUGCUCUAAAAAUAUACAACUUCAAAUGGCAAAUUUAAAAGAUAAAAAAUUACUGUCUAAUGGUUAGUAUCAAUUGUAAGCGCAGAAACUAACCCAGAAGCCAUCAUAAUUGAACCACUCCCACGAGCAGACUCUCAGCCGGCAUUAAUAGGUCAUCCACCCUGCGGAUCUUCCACAAAAGGCAAGUCUCAUCUACUUUCAGACCCAGGCUCAUUAAAUCCUAUAUCAUGGGUUGUCAGGACGCCUUCUCAAGCAGGAAAUUGCACUCUUCGGCUUUCACAUGGCACUGACUAUUCAAUAUACGAAACUUUGAUUCCAAUAGAUAAUUCCGCUGAUGCAUCUGGAUAUUUCCCUUGUGGUCGUCAGGCAAAAACUGAAUUUAAAAUUGUACCUUUCCCUACAAAAAUUAUAUGUGAUUUAUGCACUCUGCAGUGGAUUUGGGAGACCGAAAAAGGUAUUCAUUAUCAAUGUAUUGACGUUGAAAUAGCAAGUAAUGCACAAAGUCCUUGCUCCGGGAAAUGCUUAAAUGGAGGAGUCUGUGUUGAUAAGGAAUGCCAAUGUGUCCAAGGAUUUAGCGGACAAUUUUGUCAAAAUACCAAAACCGGAGAAGGAGAAGGUGUAAAUCAUCUUGGAAUUUUUACAGUUUUUGUGGUCCUUUUGCUUUUAGCAGGUGCAUUAGGCUUAGUUGUCUACUGGCAAGUCCACCAUUCACAAAUCCCAAGAUCUGAAGAGCUUUUCUUAAAAAGACACAUGGGCUGGUGCAUGCGAGGCAGGAACGAAGAUCUUGAAAGAAUUGACAGACAAGGCACCGUCAUCUCUGAAGAAAGAUACAAAGCCAACGUUUAG